GGGUAGAAACAACCGUGCCAGAACGCAGUGGGUCACACUUUGACAUUCCAUGAGGACGGAACGUCAUUCCUUCAUUCCUCUGUUGAGGGUCGCCCUUUAUUACUUGAUUUUUGUGUGGUCCAAAGUAUGAACUUGUCAAGAUCGUUAUGGCGGGAACGGAAUUACAGCGCCUACUAAGAGAGGCGAUACUUGAAGUGGUGUCGGGAGGGGGGCUACGUCACCGCAACUCAUAGCCGUCAAGUCAGUCAGUGUCAGACCAUAAAAACUCGUGGUUGAAUACUGUGACGUGAAUUGAUACAAAACCUAAUCUCAUUAAAUACUCGAUUAACAUAAACUGAACCAUAAUCAAUCUCUAGUGUUAUUGGCGACGUGACUUUUCGGCUAUCAACUAUGGCUGGAUCCACGAAUCCUUACCAGAAGCUGCUGAAGACGAUUGAAAUUAACGGCUCUACUUACACCUACUACGAUGUAUCAGCCCUUGGACCUAAAUACGAUCGUCUCCCGUUCAGCAUCAGGGUACUUCUCGAGUCAUGCGUGAGGAACUGCGACAACUUCCAGGUCUUGGAGAAGGAUGUCAGCAACGUCCUGGACUGGGAGUCGAAGCAGGGCAACGAGGAAUCCGUGGAGAUCGCCUUCAAACCUGCCAGGGUUAUUUUACAGGACCUGACAGGCGUACCAGCGGUGGUAGACUUCGCGGCGAUGCGUGACGCCGUGAAGGACCUGGGCGGUGACCCGGACAGGAUCAACCCGAUAUGCCCCGCUGACCUGGUCAUAGACCACUCCGUGCAGGUCGACUUCGCGAGGACACCUGACGCUCUGAACAAGAACCAGGACUUGGAGUUCGUGAGGAACAAGGAGAGGUUUCAGUUUCUGAAGUGGGGAGCGCAGGCCUUCGACAACAUGCUCAUAGUCCCGCCGGGCUCCGGGAUCGUGCACCAAGUGAACUUGGAGUACCUGGCGCGCGUGGUGUUCACCGGCCCGCUCCUGCACCCCGACUCCGUGGUCGGCACCGACAGCCACACCACCAUGAUCAACGGGCUGGGAGUCGUCGGGUGGGGAGUGGGAGGCAUCGAGGCGGAAGCCGUGAUGCUGGGACAGGCGAUCAGCAUGCUGCUGCCCAAAGUCGUCGGCUACAAGCUCGUUGGAGAACUGAACCCGUUAGCCACGUCCACCGACCUGGUGCUCACGAUAACGAAGCACCUGCGCUCGCUGGGCGUGGUCGGCAAGUUCGUGGAGUUCUUCGGUCCCGGGGUGGGGGCGCUGAGCAUCGCCGACCGCGCCACCGUCGCCAACAUGUGCCCAGAGUUCGGGGCCACACUGGCGCACUUCCCGGUCGACGCGCGCUCGCUGGAGUACCUGCACCAGACCAACCGUCCCAAAGAGAAGAUCGACGUGAUCGAAUCGUACCUGCGCGCCACGAAGCAGUUCAGGGACUACACCAAUCCCGAACAAGAUCCCGUGUUCUCAGAGGUGGUGGAGCUGGACCUGGGAGACGUGGUGACGUCCGUGAGCGGGCCCAAGCGGCCCCAGGACCGCGUGUCCGUCGCCAUCAUGAAGAAGGACUUCCAGGACUGCUUAACCAAUAAGGUCGGCUUCAAAGGCUACGGCCUGAGUCCGUCCCAGCUGUCCGCCUCCGGGGACUUCACAUACAGCGACGGAAAGACUUACACCAUCACCCACGGCUCUGUUAUCAUAGCGGCCAUAACUUCGUGCACGAACACGUCCAAUCCAAGCGUGAUGCUCGGAGCUGGGCUCCUCGCAAAGAAAGCCGUUGAGAAUGGACUAUCCGUUCUUCCGUAUAUCAAGACAUCGCUGUCUCCGGGCUCCGGAGUGGUCACGUAUUAUCUAAGGGAGUCUGGGGUGGUCCCGUACCUGGAGAAGCUCGGCUUCAACACGGUGGGCUACGGGUGCAUGACCUGCAUCGGCAACUCCGGACCCAUCGACGACAACAUCGCGAACACCAUCGAAAAGAACGAGCUAGUCUGCUGCGGCAUCCUGUCCGGGAACAGAAACUUCGAGGGCCGCAUCCACCCGAACACCAGAGCCAACUACCUGGCGUCUCCGCUGCUCGUCAUAGCCUACGCGCUGGCCGGGACCGUGGACGUGGACUUCGAGACCGAACCAUUGGGGAAGCGCCCCGACGGCUCGGCGGUGUACCUGCGCGACAUCUGGCCCACCCGCGCGGAGAUACAGCGCGUCGAGAACCAGUUCGUCAUCCCCGGGAUGUUUAAGGAGGUGUACGCGCGGAUCGAGCAGGGCUCGGCGGCGUGGCAGGCGCUGGACGUGCCGCGCGGCCGCCUGUACAGCUGGGACGCGAACUCCACCUACAUCAAGAAGCCCCCAUUUUUCGACGGAAUGACCAAGGAGCUGCCGGCGGCGACGAGCGUGCGGGGCGCGCGCUGCCUGCUGCUGCUGGGCGACUCGGUGACCACGGAUCACAUCUCGCCGGCGGGAUCCAUCGCGCGGAACUCGCCAGCAGCGAGAUACCUCGCGCAGCGCGGGCUGACAGCCAGGGAGUUCAACUCGUACGGAUCUCGGCGCGGGAACGACGCGGUGAUGUCCAGGGGCACGUUUGCGAACAUCCGCAUCGUCAACAAGAUGGCGCCGGCCCCCGGACCCAAGACCACGCACCACCCCUCCGGUGACGUCAUGGACAUCUUCGAUGCUGCCGAGAGAUACGCGUCAGAGGACGUCCCCCUCAUUGCCAUCGUCGGGAAGGACUACGGAUCCGGGUCCAGCCGGGACUGGGCGGCCAAAGGACCUUACCUCCUGGGCAUAAAGGCGGUGAUAGCGGAGUCGUUCGAGCGGAUCCAUCGCUCGAACCUGGUCGGGAUGGGUCUCCUCCCGCUGCAGUUCCUGCCCGGGGAGAGCGCGGCCACGCUCGGGCUGACGGGGGCGGAGCGCUACGACAUCAUCCUGCCGCCCGCGCUGGCGCCCGGCCAGACCGCGACCGUACAGGUGGACAACGGCACCUCGUUCCAGGUGGUCGUACGGUUCGACACGGAAGUCGACCUGACCUACUUCAAGAACGGCGGCAUCUUGAACUACAUGGUGCGAAAGAUGCUUUGACUCCAUCCGGCGCAGCCUCCACCGCGACCGAAGCUCAGCGAUGACUCCGGACUCCACCAGACCGGUCAUGCCGCUUGUAACACGAAGACAUUAGCGGAUGAAGGGGUUAAGUACCGUUUUUAACACUAAUCAUACCAACACUUACUGGUACCUAUUUCUACCACAACGGGUAGAUAGCAGUACCCAUACUACAAGUAUUACCCAAAAUAAGCAAAACAAGAUAACAAAAAAAAGUAUGAUAACUGUUGAUUAAUUGGUUAGAAAAAGUCGUGAAGUCAAGUGUGCAAAAGCAAUAAGAUGAUACCUGCAUUUUUACUAAAAAAGUUCAAAAUGGAUCAUUUGACCCGUUAUGGUAUGUUUAGUGUUAAGGUUUUUGGGUUUUUUACAUUGAUAAGUGGCUAUAAACCAUAUUAGACCUUAAAAAACCAAGUUUGAAAGCUACAAAGAUACGAAGAUAAAGUACAGUAGAUUGGGGGAAAUGGAGACCAGAAUUAGAAUAGGGACAAAUCAGGGAUGUCACAAUACUUUUGUUGAGUUGUUAAAUUUAAUUUUGUUGAACCGAAAAUGACUUUUAUUUAUUUAGUGUUUAAGAAUAUUAAAUAGUUUAAUUUUAAUCAUCAAUGAUUUGUAAUUCAUUAAAGAUAUUAAAAAGUUAAUUAAAGUUAGGUACCUACCUAACAACCAAAUAGUGCCAGCCCUAUCGAAAAAUGCUAAUGUCCCCAUACGUAACCUGAUUCACCCCAAAGCCAAGGUGAAUCGGGUGAAACUAGUAUUUUUCAGUUUUGUGUAUAUUUGUAAUUAACUAUGUAUAAUAACGCAUCGUAUAUAAAAAUUUAAGCAUCCGGAACCAUUUUAAUCUCAAUUUUAUUGGUAUUAAUUACCCUAAGAAAAACCAUUGAAAAUUUGUGUUGGAUUUGAAAAGGGUCCCGAUUUCCCCCAAUCUACGGUAACAAAAGUUUGUUAUCCGUUUUCUCUGAAUCAACAAAUUGUAUCAUAUCCCCUUCAUCCACUCAUGUCUUUGUAUAAGCGCGUUGGGUCUUUUUUUAAGGGAUGUUAUGACCUGUUAAUUGACCUUUAGGUCAUGUCUAUUUUAAUUUAUAUUCUUAUUUUAAUAAAAAAUGAUAAUAUGGAGUGAAAUGAAAUGAAAUGAAGAAUUUGAGACAUUAAUCAACUGAGAUGAUAUUAAAUAAAAUGAGAUGAGAUGAUAUGAUGGAUAUGAAAUAUAAUCUAAGUAAAAUGGUGGUCAUUUACUGAGAUUUUUUCAGUAGACUUUUUGGAGGAUCCCGAGAAGUUACGUCCAGCGACUUUGUUUUAUUUUCCCACAUUUGUGCGCUUUCACAGAUAUUAAACAGUUAAUAAAUAACGGUUAUUACACAUUUGAACCUGAAGAAACACUAAAUAGACAAAAUAAAACAAAUCACACAACUUCACUCCUCGCGUUCCCGCCAAAAAGUCUUCUCGAAAUUGACAAAUUGUAUCCCCCUUCAUCCACUCAAGUCUUCGUAUAAGCGAGCCCGCGACUCUUAACACUGCUAAUAAACUACCCUCAAAACAAUGUAAUACUUCAUACGCGUUCCUAUGUCGCGUUAGGACUGUGAUGGAACUUCAGUCGAAGUAAGGUAAACAAUAAUAAGUAACAAAGUUAAUUGUAAAAAUAUUAUUACGCGCUGGGGUUCGGAAUAAAUAAAAAUUAUACCGAAGUAUAAAUUAAAACUGUAUUAACACUUAGAACAUUAAAAUUCUUAAUUCCAUCUUCCGUUUCGCUUCGAUUAGAAGCAAUUACUAACUGCCUUCGUGUCAUCUCUGCAAUGCUUUUACAGUCGAUACGACAUCCCCAGAAUUAUCGAGAACAUUCCUCACAAGUCGAGUCGUGUGUUUCCGCUAUCUGACAAUAGAUGGCGUUGUACUUAUCGAGCGUUCUAGAUGCUACUAGUUCCUUUGACAUUUGUUUUUGCUAUUUGACGAUAGAUGGCGCUACUCUUACCGGCGUAACAAUAUAUAAUGAAUGUUCUAAAAAUGAUUGAACUAUAAUAAAAUACUUAAUUGCGAACUAAAGAAAAAAUUACUAUUUAUGAAAAAUCCUUUUUAAAAAAGUAAAUGAGUAUAUAUAUAUUUUUUAAACUAAAAAUACUUUAUAUAAAAAUUAUAUAAAAAAGGUUUUUCUUUACAUAGCUACAUAAUAUGUUAUUUACAUAUACAAAUGUAUCAGCUCAUGGGUCUCUUUAAAAAAAUCAUACAAGAAGAUUUGGAUUUUUUUUAAAUAAUAUUUAAAUAGUACCUACAACUAACUAACAGUCUUGCUUACUAAAUACUAAAUUUAUUAAAAUCUAAUUAACUAUACUUAAAAAAAUAUAUAUUUUAAAAAUACAUAUUUUUUAUAUAUCAUUAUUAUAUUAUUAUGGAAGUUGUUUUUGAAGUCGUUGUGGCCUAAAGGAUAAGACGUCCGGUGCAUUCGUAUGUAGCGAUGCACCGGUGCUCGAAUCCCGCGGGCGGAUACCAAUUUUUCUAAUGAAAUACGUACUCAACAAAUGUUCACGAUUGACUUCCACAGUGAAGGAAUAACAUCGUGUAAUAAAAAUCAAACCCGCAAAAUUAUAAUUUGCGUAAUCACUGGUGGUAGGACCUCUUGGGAGUCCGCACGGGUAGGUACCACCACCCCGCCUAUUUCCGCCGUGAAGCAGUUUCGGUUCGAAGGGUGGGGUAGCCGUUGUAACUAUACUGAGAUCUUAGAACUUAUAUCUCGGGGUGGGUGGCGCAUUUACGUUGUAGAUGUCUAUGGGCUCCAGUAACCACUUAACACCAGGUGGGCUGUGAGCUCGUCCAACCAUCUAAGCAAUAAAAUAAAAAAAGUUGUCGAUAAUAUAAAUUCAAUGAUUUUCUAAAAUUAAAUCUAGUAGCUUAUACGGAAAAUGUAUAUAAAACAUAAUAGUCUACAUUAUAAAGGUUUUUAAUAUUAAAAUGUUAAAUCGAUUAAAAUUACUUUACAAAUAAUAAAAUCGAUUGUUUCCUGUUGAAAUCGAUUCGAAUUUUUGUUACACGAAUAAGUAUGAGGCCGCAAUAAACUUAACUAAGCGAGCAUUUUUAUACAGUUUAUAAUUCGACGCUUGAAAGGCAAAAGUGACUAAGCGACAAUAACUGCUUUGUACAUAAAUGAUAGGCAAUAACCAUAUUCGAAGCGCAAAAAAUAUAUAUUUCUAGGUCUAUUAAAAUUAUUUCAAUCCUACAGCUACUAGCUAGAUUCUACUACAGCUGGAUUCGUUAAAAUAAUAUAUAAUAAUAUUUUGAAGUCGUCGUGGCCUAACGGAUAAGACGUCCGGUGCAUUCGUGUUGAGCGAUGCACCGGUGUUCGAAUCCCGCAGGCGGGUACCAAUUUUUCAAAUGAAAUACGUACUCAACAAAUGUUCACGAUUGACUUCCAAGGUGAAGGAAUAACAUCGUGUAAUAAAAAUGAAACCCGCAAAAUUAUAAUUUGCGUAAUUACUGGUGGUAGGACCUCUUGUGAGUCCGCGCGGGUGGGUACCACCACCCUGCCUAUUUCUGCCGUGAAGCAGUAAUGCGUUUCGGUUUGAAGGGUAGGGCAGCCGUCGUUACUAUACUUGAGACCUUAGAACUUGUAUCUCAAGGUGGGUGGCGCAUUUACGUUGUGGAUGUCUAUGGGCUCCAGUAACCACUUAACAUCAGGUGGGCUGUGAGCUCGUCCACCCAUCUAAGCAAUAAAAAAAAAAAAAAAAAAAAAAAAAAAAAAUUUUGUUUUCAGGUAUUUCAACUUUAAAUUAGUCUACUGUAAAGUUCACGCAUUGGCGCUUAGUCACGUUUGCCUUUCAAGCGUCGAUAUAUUCCAUUUUAUUUUGUUGUAAAAGUUAUUUCAACUAACCUUAUUUAUAAGUCAGAGAAACCACAUUAUUAACACCAUCGUCAGACAGGGGCGAAUAGGAUGAUCGAGCUAAGAGAAAUAUUGAGUGCACCAAUCACGUUUCUUAUCUUAGAACAAUUUAGAAAUCUUCUCUUGACGUUAGCAAACGAAAACGAUUGACAGUUCUUAGGACGGAGGCCCGGUCUUCAAGAAGGCUAGUUGGUAAGUGUGAUGGCGUCUACGCGCCUCCAUCGGCUAGGCUCUGUCGUAGCACGAAGUUAGCCGAGUUCCGACGAUACCGCAAUCGGGCUGCCAUCUCUCGGGAAUCGUGCUGCAUUUCGUUUAGCUAACAAACUAAUGACCGUCUCCGACAUAUAUUGUUCAUAAACUUUAUGAUGUGCCACAGAAUAAAGUAAAGUUAACUGGCCAGUUGAUUUUUGUAUAACAACGCCAUCUGUAGGUCGGGUAUCAGGGAGGUGGCGGCAUUUACGUUGUAGAUUUCCGUGGACUCCGGUUACCACUUAACACCAGGUGGGCUAAGUAAUAUCCACCCAUCUAAGCAAUAAAAAAAAAGAUUUGUAAACGCCGCGGCUAUUUCUGAAAAAGAACAAAAUGUAAUCAGUAUGCUUAAUGCGAGUUUUUUAACGUUUUCGAUAGCGUAAAAGUUAACUCAAAUCUGUAUGGAGUAGGAACAGCGCCUCUAGCGGCUAACAUAGGCAAACGUUCCAACUCUUGUAUGGAGUUCGAGUAUUCGAGUUAACUUUUACGCUAUCGAGAACGUUAAGAAACUCGCACUAAGCACACAGCUGACGCACGAGGUCAAUGAACUCGCAGUUUCUUGCGUUAUAAAAACGGUUCGCUUCACAUUGCUGGCUCAAUAUUAAAGUGAAUUAUAUCUGAACAAAUGUAUUUGUUGUCGAAUUAAGGGUAGGUUUAUUUUCAAUAGUAGGGUUAAAGGGUUUUAAAUGUAUUUAAAUACUUCAUUCGAGGCCGUCAGCGCAAAAGUGGCCUAACCUACCCUCAUAAUCAUGUUUAUUAUGUAUAUUGCAAUGUAUUUAAAAUAUAAUAAAUAUUGAUACAAAACCGACCUAUCCAUAGUUUCACCCAUAGACAACAGAUGGCUUUGUAAACAAUAUUUUUGUGCCUACCUACCUUCUUACCUACUGAAAUUAAAAUACAAGAAACCAUAAACCUCAUUGCUCCAUAAUGACUUUAGUAAGCUUAGGCCAGUUUUGCGAUGACUGUCUCAUUUAUGAAUAGGUUGUUGUGAAUUUUAUGCAGUUUCAAAUUUAUGAAACUGAAUUACACGUAUGUCUGUCUGUUUAUAAAAAUGUCAUUUUAUAUGUUAGUAUUAUAAGGGGUUGGUUAAUAAAAAAAUAAAUAUAUAUAUAUAUACAUAAAUAUAAUUUUUGGUAA